CCUUAGCGUAUGCCAGUCUUAUUUUAACCUCUCAAAUUUGCUGUCAAACCUUAAAGUCUUAAACCCCUAUAAUUUACACACUGAUCUCCAUGUUUCAAGAAUCUUGUUUUGAAUAGACACGAAUCUUAAAAUCAGCAAGUCGUUGACUCUGCAAUCCUCACAUGUACUAAGAUUAUGUUCUUUUGAGCUCCUGAACUAUUAGAAAUGGUGGAUGGAUACAGGAACCAAGCUCCUGAGAAGCUUCAGGGGAAGUAUCAAGCAAUGGUGGUUUGCUGUAUUCUUGGAAUCGGAGGUCUUGUCUCUUGGAACAGUAUGCUCACUAUUGCAGAUUACUACUACCAAGUUUUCCCGGCCUAUCAUCCUUCAAGGGUUCUACCACUUAUAUACCAACCAUUUGCGGUUGCAACAAUCGCCAUUCUCGCAUACCACGAAUCAAAGAUCAAUACUCGAAAACGAAUCCUAAUUGGUUACACCUUAUUCACAAUAUCCACGUUUUUGCUCAUAGUCUUGGAUUUGACCACAAAAGGACACGGUGGAAUCGGUCCUUAUAUCGGUUUAUGUACAAUCGUUGCUUCAUUUGGUAUCGCGGACGCUACUGUUAAAGGAGGACUGGUCGGUGAUUUAUCUUUGAUGUGCCCUGAAAUCAUGCAGUCUCUCAUGGCCGGCUCGGCUCUAGCUGGAGGUCUAACCACAGCGCUUAGGCUUAUAACUAAAGCAGUCUUCGAGAAAUCAAACGGCAGUCUAAGAAAAGGAGCAAUGAUAUUCUUAGCGAUUUCAACGUUCAUAGAGUUGCUCUGUGUGAUACUGUACGCUUACAUAUUCCCAAAACUACCCAUUGUUAAGUAUUACCGCAGCAAAGCCGCUUCAGAAGGAUCCAAAACUGUUGCUGCUGAUCUUGCUGCUGCUGGUAUCCAGAAUCAAUCAGAUUUGACUAAUGAUUAUUCCAAGAAUCAAAGGCUAAGCAAAAAAGAGCUAUUGCUUCAAAACAUAGACCAUGCAGUGAAUCUAUUUCUCAUCUAUGUUUUGACAUUAUCCAUUUUUCCCGGGUUCUUAUACGAGAACACGGGACAACACGGGUUAGGCACUUGGUAUGCGCUUAUCCUAGUCGCAGUCUACAAUUUUUGGGACUUGGUCGGGAGAUACUUUCCGCUGGUGAAAUGGCUGAACCUUGAGAAUAGAAAAGCUCUAACCAUUGUGGUUUUGUCCCGUUAUUUUCUCGUUCCGGCUUUCUACUUCACCGCAAAAUAUGGUGAUAAAGGAUGGAUGAUAAUGCUCAUUUCUGUUUUGGGAUUAACUUCUGGACAUCUCACUGUUUGCAUCAUCACUAUAGCUCCCAAAGGAUACAUGGGUCCGGAGAAGAAUGCGUUGGGGAAUUUGCUGGUGACUUUUAUACUAGGAGGGGCAUUUACAGGAAUUUCAUUAGGUUGGCUAUGGCUUGUUGGUAAGAAAAAUGCUUUAUGAAUUUUCAUCGACAAUUAUUCGCAUGUGAACUUAUUUGGCUUUACCCACUUCAAUUUGUAGACAAACUUUAAUAAUGAACUAGAUGAUAACCCGCGCGCAUACGCGCGGAGUGAGUUCUUAUAAUAAUGAUUGUUUAUGAAAUGAUUUUAACAUUUUGCAA